AUGCCUCGUCUGGGUGGUCGGGAUUUGAUCCCGCUUUCGCCCACGGGCUGGGUCUACGGUGGCGGCGGCGGCUUCUACUAUGGGGACGAGGACGACGACUACGAUAGUGGUGAUGAUAUUCUCUCCCCACUCCCUCCACGACGUCCUCCAGGCGUGACGAUCCCGCGACAACCCGUCCGUAGCACCGCGCGAGACAUCCCCCUGCCGGACUCGUAUCCGUAUCCGCCAACACCAUUCCCUUUACCGACGAGAUUCCCCGAGCCGCCGCGCGGAUCGGCCCAGCAUAAACAGAGCAUGAAGUUCACGCCGUGGAUCCUCAAUCUGACCUCGAAGACGCACAAAUGCGCAGAUGUGAAUCUGUUCCGGCUACCGCGACCGGUGACCCGGGAAGAAGCAUCGCGAGGUGGUCAACGCCAACAAGAUCCCCAGAACAGGCGGCGCAGAGGCACGGUGGUGCUUCCCAUCCUCCCGGGCCCAAAACGCCGGGUCGAAUUCGACGUCAGCGUCAUGACCCUCUCCAACGUCCUGUACACGCCCGGGGCGAGGUUCUCGGAACUGAGCUGGAAAGUGCUCGAGCGGCAGGGCUUCACCCGCCAUGUGCUGCACCACGACCACAUGCACGACGUGACGCAGCUGUCACCACCGACACUGACACCAACAACACAACCAAGACAACCGCCACCGCGACACGGCCACGGCCACGGCCAGCGAACACGACCGCCGCACCACCGCCCCGUGACGGCCGUCGAAAUCGGCUGGCGGGGCAUCCGACGCGUCGAACCGUCGCGACCACCACCAUCGCGAAGAGGAUACCCAGACCCACGGGGCGCCCCGGCUCUCGGGCGUCCCAACGCAUACGGCCGCUGCGGCCCCUCGGCCAAGGAAUCCAGCGUGAUCCGGCACCGCGGCGUGCCGGGCGUCGACGUCCUGUGGGUCGGGUACGACCGGACCGUAGACCCGCGGCAUCUGCACGUGCACAUGACGGGCGCGGAUAUGGUGGAUGUGCGCCUGUGGAGCUGGGGCGUCGAGAUGGGCGUCGUGGGCAAGAGCGCCGUCUUUGGUGGGUGGGUUGGAUGGAUUGGGCCAAACGGCGGCAGCGCCGCCGGCGCUGGUGAAACUGGACGGGAAGGCGUGGAGAACCGUGGACGAGAGCAGGAGGGCGACGGCGACGAUGAGGAUCUGUUCCGCAAGAUCGUCCAGGGCGGGCUGAGGGCGGGGGAGGAGUUGGGUGUCGUAUAG